GGAGCGAUUCAUGUUUCCCCUAAGGCUGCCUCUCAUUAGCAUGAACCAGGGGGAAGGGCAUAAAAGACUCCAGUUCAUUUAGAGUCUGGAAAAGGUUUCCUUCAACAUGACAACCAAAGCAUUCUGGCUCCUCUGUUUUGUCAUGGGACCAUCGUCCAACUUGGUGGCAGGAUACCUGCCCUAUAUCGGAAAACCCAUUCGAGCACUCAGCAAGGAUGGGUACAGUGCAGCAGACUCCACACCACGCCAAGCUAAGUUCCCAUUUAGAGGCAGCAGUGGUGGUGAAGAGAAUCAAACAGAGCAUUGGUUGCUGUCUCCAGCUAACCUCCAGUGGCCAAAAGCUGCUGACAUCCUCUCCGUCUCACCAGACAAAAAGAAAAAGGCCAAAACCUCAGUGGAAAACAAUACGGGGCUGAGGAAAGAGCUUCACCAGGAUGGCAGGGUCCUGGCUUCCGAGAGCCACAUGGAGGGACCUCCUUCUGCUUCCUUUGACUUCAAUCAUGCAAACAGAAUGCAUGCAGAUAGGUUUCAAUCCGAGGCAGCGAACAGCAUCUCAGCACACUUCCACCAUAGAGCAUUUUCCCAUUAUAAAGGCAGAUCCUUGACUUUAGCUGAGAUGCAUCCUUUCCAAGACACAGGGGCAGUUGAGACAGAAGAUCCCAAUAUGGUGGAUCACCUUAACCGACCUGGCAAGAUGAAUCCCUACAAACAGCAUGACCCUAUAAGAAACGUCAGCAAGCCCUCCUGGGUCACCAACCGCCAGUCAUCUAGCCUGUUGUAUCACUUCAACGUGCUGAGAAAAGUUCUAGAUGCUGACAACAAGGAGAAGGUGUGCCUGACGGAGUGCAGGAGGGAGAGGGAUGAAGCAGAGGCUUUCUGUGUGAGUGAAUUUGCAGUGAAUGGGAUUGUUCAUGAUGUGGAAACACUGGAGAAAGGAGUCCACCUUGUUACACUCUUGGUAAAUAGCGACGGAUUAUACAAGAUGAGUCGCCUGUAUAUCACCCCCGAUGGCUUCUUCUUCCGAGUUCACAUUCUCAUUGUGGAUGCUUUAAACUGCAGUAAACCAUGUCCAGAUUUUAAACUUGGAAGUAGAUAUAUUGUGAUGGGUCAGAUCUACCACAAGAGACGGCAGCUACCUGCACCUCUGCUGCAGUUCCUGAGAGGGCGUCUGCGGCCAGGAGAUGGGCUGCUAAGGAGCGGCAGCAACUAUGUAAAAAGAUUCAACAGGAAGAGGGAUCGUAAAGUUCAAGGGGCAGCUCACACCAAGUGUAGAUGAGGCUACAGUCCUAACUGCUUUACUAGGGCGUAAGCAGCACUGGCAGUCAGCUAGCAGAACAAAACUGGACUCUACUUUAAUUGAGUCUGACCUUCCUUCCAUAGUAAGAAUCCUUUGAGUGACUAUAGCUCAGCUCUUGCUUAAUUCUGUCUCCAGUACUGAUGAACACCUGAUGUCUUAUAUGGUUUAUAAAACAAUGUUUCUUUCAAAGGUUCUGAUUAUAUCCAGAUACUAAUAUAGUGUGCAAAAAAAGAAAAAUACAGCCUAGAAAUCAAACCUAUUCACUGACUGUAGAGAACACAAGCUGCUUAGUGGAUUUCUCUUUAAAUAUGGUUCCAAAGUAAUAGGUUAUCCUUUUUGUAAUACACAAUUUAAAUCCUAAUAUUUUGAUUAUUUUUAGAGCUAAAUUCUUUUAUCAGGAGUAACUGGAGUCACUCUGGAGUUACACCAUUUAACUGAAAACAGCUGUCUCUUAUUGCUUAGAUUAAUAUUCAAAAUGGUGUAUUUCAUAGUAUUAAAGUUCUCAGUGCAAUGAGAUUUAAAAAAAGAGCAUUCAAACCCUAAAUCUGUAAUGUGUUGCAUGAUCAUUUGUAGCUCAAAGGCUGCACAGCAUAAAUAUGUAGACAUUUGUUUUGAAACACUAUCAAAGGAUUUAUCAAACUAAGCAUUCUGACAAAAUAACAUUUUUGCAGCACUUUGGUUUCCUCAAAGUACAUAAUACUGUUUAAAACUAUCAAAACAAUAUAUAAUUAUACCAAUUUUUGUCAAAUAUAAAGGACCAGAUUUUUCUGGUCAUUUAGAAACAUGUUCAAAAUACAUAUGCCACAGCACACCUUAUUGGAGCUUACACGUAUGUUCGGAGAUUGAUCCAUUUAUAGAUUCCAAGGCUAGAUGGCAUACUUGUGAUAAUUUAAUUUGACCUCCUGCAUAACACAAGCCAUACAACUUCCCCAAAAUAAUUCCUAAAGCUUUUUCUAAAACAUCCAUUCUUGAUUUUAAACUUGUCAGUGAUGGAGAAUCCACCAUGACCCUUGGUAAAUUAUUCCAAUGUUUAAUUACCCUUUUAAAAAUUUAUGCCUUAUUUCAUUAAUUGAAUACAAAUCAUGCACAAAUAGCCAAUUAGUAUGUGUAUCGUUACCUAUUUGCAUGUACAAAUUAUGGUACCGAGGCAUGCAAAUCAGUCAUGCAAUUGCAUACACAUUUUGCAAGCCUAAUUACUCUUCUGGAAUGGAUGUUCAACCCUGAAACUAUUGAGUGUGUGUAUUUGGUAUAAUUUUUCUAUAAAGACAAGUGUAUAAGGUUUAUAUCUGCAAAACA